UCUUCGUGAUGCGCGCGGAUUCAAGAAGUAUAUAUUUUAAUAUUCAUCGACUUACGGCGCGAACUGUAGAGAAGAUAUACACGGAGAAGAGCCCGGAAACCGCCCGGAGAAUCAUUGUAAUCUUUGUCGAGGAAUUUUAUGGCGCACGGUCCAGCUAACGCCAUACGCUCCGACACUGGAAGGCCGAUGUUUCCUCAUCGGCCAGCGACGCCACGAUAAUGAUCCAUGGAUCCACAGCCUAGAUCGCCAUGUUCCAAGCGCGUCAGUCGCGUCACGAACACGACUGUGCGCGUGUGUCGCUCGGGUGCCUCUGCUUCACGCCGAAAGGCUCGAGGAAGGGCGAGGAGUGGGUUCCUGUUUGGGCCUUUUUUUCGAUAGCGCUUCCUCUUUUAAAAGGCCGGGGGACAGCUUUAUGUAGCAGUCGAAACGUGUGUUUACGGUUCCAAAAAGAUAUCAUCGCUUUUUUCUCGAUAUGAGUAACGAAAGUAACAAAGGACCACCGGGCGCUAUAACGGUUGGCUUCUCGCUAUUGACGCAUCUUUUGCUUGUGGCUCCAGUUAUAUAUAUCCUGGUAGUUGCGUUUGAAAACUACAGUUUCUUCUCAUGGCAUCCGAUAUGCAUGUCUGUUGGGGUCGGUCUUCUGGUUACCGAAGCUGUGUUCAGCGUCUCCGGUGAGGCGUACAUCGCUUGGAAACUGCCCAGGCGUAACAGAGUGACGAUACACUGGAUCCUACAUACGAUUGGCUUGACCGUAAUCGGGAUUGGCUUCAUCAUUAUCAUCGUUAACAAAUUCAAGCAUGACAGACCGCAUUUCGCCACGACUCACUCGCAGCUGGGUUUAUCGACGAUCAUAAUGACCGUAAUGACCGCCGCUUUUGGAAUCCUGGCGAACAACACUGUCUGGGUAUACCCGCGUGUUAGGCCGGUGCUCAUCAAAGUCGCUCACGCUUGCGGCGGCAUCAGCAUGACCAUUCUACUACUGGCUACCCUCAUCAACGGUACCUACAGCCACUGGUGGUCCGGUACCGACACCGGGAGGGACCUAAUAUUCGCGUCCUUGUUCUUCGCGGGCGUCUUGAUACUCCUGAAACCGAUCCUCGGCGCCGUUUCGAGGUGCAGAGUCAUAUUCGGACCACCAUCCAGCGACACUUAACACUUCGUCGACAAAAGCUCUGACCGAAGUCUUGUCCGAGAGAAGUUUUAUCACGUCGAGACGCGGAUGACGUACGAGAGUUGUAGUCCACAAGUAAGAUGUUUUUACCCGAUCGAUCGAUGAAAAAUCACACUGUCGCAUUUAUUAAAUCGAUUAGGUUUUCGCUUGGAGAACUAUCCUAGUAGCACAAAAACAAUAUCGUAAAGUGGACGCUUCAUCUUAUUUAGCUAAUUUGUCUAAGCAGCAAUAUUGGUUCAAUAUUAAUUUAACAUUGGGUCAAUAUUAGAUUAUUCAAUUUUUCAUAGUGGACAUUAAUUGUAUCCUAACUUGGAACCAAUAUUUUAUGAUCGAUAUUGAGGUUACAUUGGAAAAUAUUGGGAAAACAUUAGUCAUAAUGCGUUCCCAAUAUAACCAAUGUUUAGUCAAUAUUUAAUCAAUGUACUGCCAAUAUAUUUUACUACUAAGAUAACAAUUAUAAUUAACAAAGUCAACGGUAUAAUUUGAAAGUCGCCAAUGAUUUGCAAUAAACGAGACUAUUUUUCAAGACGACACAACUGGUAAAUUUUAUUGAAACAGUAACAGUUACGACGUUUCAGCCUUUGCUUUGGGCCCUUUUCAAGUAAUGUACAAUAAAUAUUGAAAUGGACGUUGUAGGUCUUUACUGGUGAGCAGUAACUGUCAGACUGCUCAUCAGUGAAGACCUACAUCGUCAAUUUCAAUAUCCUUUGUAUUAUUAUCUUUAUAAAUUAACACUCUUUGAUAUCAUUAUCUUUAUUAUUAUUGCAUGACACGAAUGUUUAAUGUAACAACAAUUAUAAUCAUGAUUCGCUGACACGAGUCACAAAUUUAUAUGUGAUUGUACAUUACUUGAAAAGGGCCCAAAGCAGGGGCCGAAACGUCGUAACUGUUAUUGUUUCAAUAAAAUUUGCCAGUUGUGUCGUUUUGAAAAAUAGUCUCAAUUAUAAUUAAAUUUAGUUUUGCCAAGUGGCUCAUUCUCGACGCAACUCUUGUGGAAUAUCCAAUAGAGCGGUGAAAAGCCAAAGAUUGUAGAAUUAAUCUUGUUAUUUGAAUGUUAUAUCUUAUACCGGUCCUAUCAGCAACAUAAUUGUCUAUAAAAAUUGAAAUAGAUACUGUUGUAUUAAAAAUCAUGACGAAGGCCAUAAGAUCUGAUGCUAUUAACCAUUUAUAUCAACACUUUAUUAAUUACACAUCAUAAACAUUUAUUACACAUUACAAAUUUACACAUAUGCGUACGCAUGCAUAAUGUACAUUUGUGGAUGUGUGCUUGUAACAUAGAUAUAUAUUUUUUUAUAAUAUAUGUACAUAUAAUAAUAACACAACGUAAUUUAUUUAAUAUUUUUCAAUACCUUUAUACAUAUAUGCUAUUUUUAUUAUACGCUACUUAUACAUAUAUAUAUAUAUACAGAAUAAACAAAACGUGUCUAACUGUAAGAUAUCUCGAAAAGAAGACAUUGGAAUUAUUUUUUUCCUGAUCUGAAUCAUUUUUUUAUUAUCAUGACACGAUGUCUCAUACUUUUAUAUGCAGAAUAAUCAGAAGAAUCAUAUCACGUUUAAUAAAUCAUAUAUAUUCCAUUAUAAAAAUAAUUUUUAUCAUCUUAAAAAAUUUAUUUUUUAGACAAUCAAUUUAAUAUUAUGCAUACCUCUUAAAACAAUUUUGGUAUAAAACUUUUUUUUAUGUCUUGUGUUCAAUAUAUUCUUAGUCUGGUACUUUUUGUUCAUCCUGUAUGUAUAACUCAUACAUAUAUUAAUAUGCUAUCGUUAUUCUGCACUAUUGUUAAGAACUUUCAUCUUAACAGGACUUAGUCCCUCUAUUUUUUAAAUUUUAAUCUACUUAAAUUAUGCAACAAUACAUUAACACACGCACAUAUCCUAAUUUGUUUGUUUAUUCAGGAUAUAUGUAUGUACGAUAUAAUCAUUUUUAUCUUUCCUCAUUCCGUGUAAGUUCCACUUUUAAUACUGUAUAAUAUUUAUUCAAGGCAUUAUUGUGUCCUGAUUAUACGCCAUUCAAUAUGUUCUAUUAUAGAGUUAAGACAUCAGUACUUGGAUUCUACAAUAAAAUUGCUCUUUCUGCAGAAAAUGUCCUAAUGAUAAUGUCGCAUCUAUUUAUCCGUGAAGAAAAAAAAUUUUUCCUUUACACGAAUUUACUUUGAAUAUUCUUGAGAAAAAAAACUCCUUUUUCCACUAAUUUUCUUUCAUGAAAGAAAAGACUUCUCUUAAAAGAAAGUGCCUUUUCCCAUCAGAUGUAACUUGGACACGUUAAUUUGUACUGUUCGCUCUACUCGAUUGCUCGUAACGUUAUUAGAACCGUAACCACCAUGCGAUGACAAAUUCUUUGUUAAAUAUUCGACACUAAUGUAGCACAAGCCAAUAUUUAUUUUACUUUGUUUGGUGGUUUAUAUUUUUUACAUAAUUAAAUUUAGAAGAAAGAUUAUUUAAACGAAAGGUACAAAGUAUCACACUUUCUUUCUCACUUGGGAAAAUUAUUCCCAACUUCUCUCGAUUCAACAUCACUGCAAUAUCAUCAUGUUACCGCCUUGUCGUUAUGGUUCAUAAUGCGUCACUGUUCUUAAUUCUACUUACAUUAGUAGGACAGUAGUCAAGCAUCUGACUUAGCCAGUAUGAGAACCAGUGUCGUGACUAACAUUAAAUGAAUUGUCAUUAUUUUUCACGACAAGGUAUACUUUUACGAUCAUUGCGUGGGAAGUCGCAUCACAUAUUGGAUAACUAACGCAUGGUCUAGAAACAUUAAAGUUAUUGAACAUUUAACUGGCUUGGCGUAAUAUUUGCCAACGAGGAAAGCAGUUAUAUACAUGUAUCUAACGGCACUUUCGUAGUAUAAUAUUUGUCUCUAACUUUAAAAAUCUGCGCGAUUUCAAAACGCGGCUUACUAAAAUACUUUUAUCUUAUCUCGCUUUCUCGUUUUAAGCUCGCUAAUGUCUGAGGUACGUUCGUAACAGUAUUUGAUUCUACAACUUUACGAGUAUUUGCAAUGGUUUAAAAAUCGUUCUGAAAUUCUUUAAUUUUUGAGUUAUUUAAAUUCACUAUUGUCCCUACCUAACCUACUUAUUUUGCAGUUAUUUUUGAUUCUAUAAGCUACGAAUAAUGAUUUUUUAUUUUCGACUUGUCUGCUGCCAAUUUAUAGGCACAUUAAGUGACUGAUGACUCACUUCAUUUGUAGGAUACAAGAUAAGAGACUCAAAAAUAUCGUAUUAAAAAUAAAGGUGCAAAAAUUUGGAAUACUUUCUGAUAUUACACAGCAAAGUGUAAAGGUUUCAAGCAAGAUACGCUUGAUAUAAUUGGCAUAUAAAUAUUCACGUCUUCAUACAUAAAUUUCUUUCACAGAAGGCCACUCUCUUUAUCUAUAAAGUUUUUCACUUAUCCAGAAUCAAGUUUUCCUUGAAAAAGUUGUCAAGGCAUCAAUAGUUUCUUUAUAAUUGUAACUAUAACAGAUUAAGAUACAAUCUUCUGCUAGAUUGUUUAAAAUAAUUCAAAAAAUAUUUUCUAUAAAAAUAAAGAAUUGCAAUUUUUUUAGUCAUA